AUGACUACAGCACAUAUUCCACAUUUGAAAUGCAUAAGCACUUCACAACACACAGACUAUUGUUGUGAUUUAUGUGGGAUUGGCUUUGAGUCUCCUUUACAAUACCGUGACCACCUAAUUCAAGACUUCGAGCUUGACCGAGAUUCGAUUUCCUUCUUACACUUCAGGUUAGGACUAGAGCUCAGCACAGAGGUCCCAGACUCUCCUGCGUCUGUUGAUUCUUGCUCAACUGCAGAAUCAGAAAACGACGAGCUCGAGUGCCCAACUUGUGGGAAAUUCUUUAAAGGACACAAAGGGCUUCAACAGCACAUUGGCAAGGCUCAUUCCAGUAAAGAUAAAGGAGUAACCUGCAGCAUAUGCCACAAAACCUUCAAGCAUCAGCAUGCACUUACUUUCCACGAUCGACAGGUCCACCAAAAGGCAACGAGAGUUACCUGUGGUAUAUGCGGCCUAUCCGUUUACAACAAGUAUAUGCUUAUCAAGCAUAUCAGUAAACAACACCCUGCAUAA